UGUUGUCAGCGAUAUGACAUGCCUGAUGUAAAUGUCAGAUCUGUCAGAUAAAAGAUGACAACACGUAGUCAUACAUAUUUAAAAAAUGUAAAAAAUCUAUAAAAUGGCAAAUCUACAAGAAGUACCAACGGAAGAACUUCUGUCGUUUCACGAUUACCCAGCGGUGCAUACUUCAACGGGUCCCCAAAACACUAGCGCACAAUUAAAUUUAACCCAAGACAGUUUUGAGAAUUUCAGUCAACAAGAAGAAAUAAGAGAACCUUUGGAAGACAAUCCAACGAAUUCAGCUUCGGUGAAAUCAUUUUGGACUCUUGAGUAUUAUCAACAGUUUUUUGAUGUAGAUACGAAGGAUGUAAUCGAUAGGAUAGUGGCAUCUGUUACACCAAAACGUGACAACACUUUAAAAUACCAUUUGCGUGAUAAACCAGACCUAUAUGGACCGUUCUGGAUCACAGUUACCUUAAUAUUUACCAUAGCUAUUAGUGGCAAUAUCGCCGACUAUUUACAUCAUGCCAGCCCACAGUACCAUUGGAAAUACGAUUUUCACUUGGUGUCAUACGCUGCGACGGCAAUUUACGUGUAUGUUCUUUUAAUUCCGUUUGCGCUGUGGGGUUUUUUGAAGUGGAGUUCGGAUGUUAGUGAUUUGGAGGGUUUAGAGAGCGGGACUACUCCAGGCGCUUUAGAAUUGAUUUGUAUUUAUGGAUAUUCUCUAUUUAUUUAUAUUCCGGUGUCAAUUCUAUGGUCCAUCCAGAUUAAUUUGUUGCAAUGGCUGCUUGUAUUAAUUGGCGCUUUAGUAUCAGGUUCGGUGUUGUUGUUCACUUUACUCCCGGCUUUACGACUUUCACGGCAUAAGUUCGUGUUAAUGAUUGGGAUUAUGUCUUGUCACUUGUUACUGGCUGCAGGUUUCAUGUUAUAUUUCUUCCAUGGACCUACUGGCAGUCCCGUUGUUGACACUCCCCAUAAUUCAACAAAAACAUCAUAAAUGUAUUUAUAAUCAACUUUAUUGUAAUACUAAAUAAUAUAUUACAAAUAUAA